CACACAACCAAAAUGUCUGUCAACUUCCAUGUCCCUGACUGUGAAGAGGAUAGCUGUGCUGAAAAUUUGCACUCUCUUGUUGAGAAGUUGAGAAAAAAACACGUGACAGUGGUUGAAAAUAAAUUAUCUGGAUGUUUCAAGGAGAUAUUUGUAGAACAAUUUGAGACAUGUUCAUUUACUAUACUGCACAAGUGUGAACAAUUUUGGAUUAAGUUAAAAUUGAAUGGACUGGAUGUGUAUAGCAAAGAGCAUGCUGACAAAAUAAUGUGUGUCAAAUUAAAGAACUCUUCAUCUCUAUACGCCACACCAAUGAAUGGUGAAGAAACAGCGGACUGUUUCUUUCAACAUUUUAAUGUCAAGUCAGUUAUAAAUGAAAAGAACCUGCAAAUCUUUGUGGAAACUGUAUUAUCCAGCAUCCCAGAUGUUGGCAGACAAGAGGAAGUAAAAAAGAAAAAACCUAUUCUACCUCAAAGACAUAAACCAGUUUCUAGAGAAGUGUCUCAGGCAGAUGUGCGGCAUGUGAACCUGUAUGAUAACGCGCCAGUUGAAGAAAAAGUUAUUUUAGAAAAGCUUGAAUCUUUGAGAUGUUGCGAGGAUAAGAAAAGUAAUGAAAGUGACCACCGGCUGAUGCCAUAUCCUGAGGUUCAGGGAAAGAACAAAGAAAGCAAUGUGUAUGCCAGAGUAAUAAAUAAAGCAGAACAUGCUCAGUUUAUUAUCAGUUAUUCCUCUAUAAGAAGUUUUGCUGAGCUGAAAGAUAAGAUAAAAGAGCUUCGCAAAUGUCCAGAAAAAUUUCCAGCAAAUAUAAAUUUUUUAAUACACAAGGUUUUACCAGAGCUUUACCACAGUAACUCUAUACUUGGCUUAGUUCACAUAGCUGUGUGCUGUGACUAUCCACUUCUUCAAAGGCGCUCCUUUGAUCACAUAGAGCUGCUCAUUCUAAAGGGACAGAUAAAGAAUAGCCAUGUGGAUCUGGAUACCUUGCAAUAUAUGCAAACAAUGCUUGCAAAAUCAAUUCAUGACUUAAGUUUAACAAAAAGGGCAGAUAUUCACACAGAAUCAGCUAUUACAAGAUCAUGCAAUAUAAUAAUAAUGCUUCAAAUUGAAAUAAUGAUGAACUUUAAUGAAACAGAUGAUGUCAAUGAAAGUGAAGAAUUUUUGAGUGACAUGAGGUCAACACUGAAGACUUGCAAGAGUCUAAAAAAUACAGAAAAGUAUAUUACUACACUGCAAAAAGUUUUGGAAUCCCCUUUAGAAAGCAUUCAUCAUGAAGUACAUAACUAUUUUAGUGAAAAUGGCACUCAGGACUUGAGCAACAGAGCUAACUAUAUCUUAGGAAAGAGUUUAGCUUUUCAGUUUGCUGCCAUUCUAGAUUGUUUGAAGAAGCUGUUCCUAAAGAUUGAUGUUGCUGUACUGGAUUUGUUGCUGGAGUGCUUUAGACCAAAAAAAUGGCUGCUAAAAAAGACUUUUGCCCCAGCUGUUAGUUCAAUGCUGCUCAGGGGGCUCACACAUUUUCUCUUUUAUGGCUUGAGAGAGAUUCCACACAUCAACAUUCAUAACCCAUGCCACAAAGUGAUGGCUGUUAUAGAUAAUCUUUCAAAGCAAAAUUUACCUUCAGAGAUAUCCAUUUUAAACUCUUUGAUGUUUGAAACCACUCCAGUGAUUCGGCAAUGUACUAUUGAUUUCUUUGAUAAAAACAAAUGCUACGACUCUUGGUUAAAUGUUUAUUUGUUAAGGGAAGUGGAGCAUAAACUUGCCCCUCUUUUGGAGGUUGACCAGGAGGCAAAAACUGCACUGAAAGAUGACAAUUUGAAUGAAGAAUGGCUUUCACUUACUGGAAACUUCUGCAACUUGCCUGCUGUGAUUUGCAUUCAUCGGCCAUCAAAAGAAUCUCAUAAAUCUGGCCACAUUAUAAAUUUUAAUGAUAAAACUAGAAGCAGCCAUAGAACCCACUUCAAUCAGAUAGAAUUGCUACAACAUUUAGACCAUUGCAAUAUUGUCAAACUGCUUUCUUUUCAUAUUGAAAGUAUACCUCAGUUUUAUAUUUUAGAAACAAGAAGUAGUUUGCAGGACUAUCUCAUAAAUAAAAAUAUAAAUCAGCAAUACUGUACCUAUGUACAGCUUGUAGAGUUUUUGAGGCAAGCUGCAUCUGCAUUGUUUUACUGUCACAACAUGGAUGUCAUACAUGCUAACAUUACAGCUGCCAGUUUCCUUAUCUCUAGUACUGGUGACACUGUCAAACUCUCUGGAUUUUUAUUUGCUGUUACCAAUGAUAAUGAUACACUAAGUUCAGAAGACAGCAGAUUACUACCUUCACGAUGGUGUGCCCCAGAAACUUUAAGAAGAUUGAAAGUCUCGGAGAUGUCGGACAGCUGGAUGUUUGGUCACCUAAUGUACGAGAUCCUAACCCAUGGUGUCUUGCCAUACUCUCAUGUUCAACUUGAUGAUGAAACAUGCGUUAAGAAGAUAUGUAACAAAAAAAUAAAAUUAUACAGGGAAUCAUGUAUUAACCCAUGUCACUAUGAAGUUAUUGAAAAGUGCAUUUCACAUGACCCACAUAUGAGGCCAACUAUGCAGGAUGUACAUGCAUUUUUUGAAUGGAAAAAUAUAAAAGCCAGUCAUCAAGCAACAUACCCAAACUAUCACAGUGGGAACCGUGCUCCUUCUAGAGACUUUAAAUUGGGAGUAAUUUACCUUGAAGAUUAUAUAGAUAUAAUUCAACCAAAAAUUUUACAGCGAAAAUUAUCUGAAACGUUGAGUCUCAACAAAGUGGGAGAGGUUGCAGUUGUUACUGAGGUUACUGAUAGGCUUUUCCCUGAAGAAAUUAUGACAAAACUCAACCUAGGUAUAUUGGACUUUAUACUGCCCAGGAUAUAUGCUACAGUCACACAAGAUAAAAAGCAGUGCAUUGAAAUCUUUUUGCCACCAUCCUGUCAUGAAAGCCUAAUGCAACUUUUGCUCUCUCCUGACUUUGAUUCAAGUGAAGAGAAUUGCAUCCGUCUUAUGUUAAAUGUUGCAGAGAUGCUGCAGAAAUUUCAUGAAUUGUCUUUUGUAUUGGGCGAUAUGUGCGCAUCAUAUUUGUUUGUAAGAAAGCAGAAAGGGAAGCUCACGCUCCAUCCUAUCUCUUUAUCAAAACUGAACACUAUAGAUGAAAGUAGUUCUAAGCUGAACAAAGUGCAUUUUGAUGAGUUGGUCUUAAGACGUACUGCACCUGAGGUGAUGAGAGACAAUAUGGCAACAGUUACCCCUCAAUCUGAUGUGUUCUCUUUUGGCUGCUUAAUGUGGGAGAUUCUGGAGCUUUCAUGUUGUCUCAAAGAAUCUGGAUCUCUUAGAAGUGAGAGGACCUAUGUCUCCAUGAGUGAAAUACUGUCAAAUGAAAUUAACAUAAAUGAUGUGAAACAGCUAAGAUGUGAUCAUAAACCAAUAUUUAGCCUGAUACAAAGAUGUUUGCAUGAUCAACCUAAAGAGAGACCCAAUUUUAAAGAAAUUAUCAGAGUGUUAUCUGAAAAGCUCAACCCAGAUCACACUGAUCUUAAAGUUCUUGUAGGUGAACAGAGUUCCGGAACAUCAGCAGUGGAACAUGAAACAAUGGUAAAACAAGUACCAGGAACAAGUUCUGAGCAGAACGACCAAACUAAGAAUAAAAAGAAAAAAGUGAAAAUCCCUUUCCUUAGCAAACGUUUAAGCAAGUCCUCUGUUGCAGUAAAACCCAAUGACUAUGAGAUAGAUAAUAAAGAGGAUGAAACACAACCCAAGCAAAUCUAUGUCAGUAACCACAAUACAGACGUUACAGAAAGUAAAAAAGAUUUCAUUUAUCGGCCAAAAGAAAUUCAAAGCAGGCGCCUAAAUUUAAACCUAUAUCAUGGAGCAAUUCAGACAAGACCACUGCCUAAAGUACCAGAAUCUAAUAAACUUCAACAUGAAUCAAAGCAAUUCAAUAGCAAUAAACCAUCAGUGUUAAUAGGAAGCAAAAAUAUUUUUCAAAAUAAGGAUGACCAGAAAAAAUCAGAAGUUGACGUCUCCGUUGUGAGAGUCUCUUUUUCUAUGGACUCCUCAGAUGAUGAAACACGCAGUGAAGAUGAUGAGCUAUGCUGUCAAGGCCCAUCACAUCAUCAAAAAAGCAGUGUAUACUUACCCAAUAUUCCACUAUCCGAUAAAGUUUACCAUGCAAAACCUAUAAACUUUCAAGCUAACUAUGUUCUUGCUGAUUUUAUCAGCCCAGUUGACGACCCACCAAAUCCUCUUCCCCAUAUGGCAAACACAACUCGACUUGGUUAUAACAAUCUAACACAGCAAACUUUGGCUAGCAAUAAUGUCUCAAGAUACAUCUAUAAAACAGUUGAAAAACUAGACCCAGAGAUGGCUCCUGAUUUUGAACAAUUUUAUCAGGUACGCAGCUCAAGUGAGACAUUGAAAACUAGUGAUUUGUUGUUAGACUAUGGUUGUGCCUGGAGACCACUCCCCGCAGAUUACCCCUACUUAACAUCAAGUUAUAGUUACAACCCCUUUGACAAGACAAGGUUAUUUCCAUCAUGUGAUUAUAUUCAGCCUUUAUCACCAAUGGAUGCUGAAGAAGAUGAUUUUAUACCAGUAAUCAUGCACCAAAAAUAUGUUGGAAGAGAAAAGUCUACUUAUCCAAUUGCAGUUGAAGAAAGUUCCACACGCCAGAUACAAAGUGGAGAAAAUUCUGCAUGCCAGAUAGGUAUUGGAGAAAAUUCCACUUGUCCAAUAGGAAUUGGAGAAAAUUCUGCAUGCCAGAAAGGUAUUGGAGAAAAUUCCACUUGUCCAAUAGGAAUUGAAGAAAAUUCUGCAUGCCAGAUAAGUGUUGAAGAAAAUUCCACUUGUCCAAUAGGAAUUGGAGAAAAUUUCACAUGCCAGAUAAGUGUUGAAGAAAAUUCCACUUGUCCAAUAGGAAUUGGAGAAAAUUUCACAUGCCAGAUAAGUGUUGGAGAAAAUUCCAAAUGCCAGAUAGGUGUUAAAGAUAAUUCUGUAUGCCAGGUAGGUCCAUAUGAUGAUGAUCAAUCUAUACACCAACAUUGUAAACCUAAAGAUAUGAUGGUUGUAGACUGCAAGGAUGAAAGAAAUGAUUUAAGAAGAGACAAUGAGUUGAAAAAAAUGCAGUUGUAUGAAUGUGAAUUCUCAUUUUAAUUAAAAACUUCAAGGGUAAAACAACUGACAGCAGGAAUCAAAAUAUUCUUCCUAGUUCAACAGUGGUUUAAAAAAAAUUACCUCUUUAUUCUCCCCCCCCCCUCUACAUACCUAUAUACUUUUAUUACUAUCCUUAUAAUUUUUGUUAAUUGUAUAGACCUGUAUAACUUGACUAUAUUAAGGAAUUCUUAAUUUACAAUUGCUAAUCUAUUAGGUACAAGAAGUAUUAAUUUACUAAGAUAGUUGUGAUGUGUAUCUUUAAUUUUUUUUUUUUACUUUUAUUUUUUUUUGUAAGUAGUAAAUGUAAAUUUCAUUUGUUUCUUUUAAACCUAAGCCAUUAACUAAACUCAUUUUCAUUUUAUUAGGCCCAAACUUAUGUUAUUUCAUUUAGUUAACUUAAAAUUAAUACAUUAUAACUGCAUGUAAUUACUCUUAUUUUCUUUUAACCAUUUCAAUUUGCAGCCAGUUGUUUAAUUAUUAUUUUCAGUGUGUAUGACUUAGUAUUUAUAAAUAAACUCUGUGGUUCUAGUUGUCCCAAGAUUAAUAUUUUACAAAGAUUCCUUAUAACAUGGGAUGCUAGUAAAUCUGAUGGGAAGAACUAAAGGAGAUUUGGUUUCCCUGACACAUGAUGAAGUGAAUAUCUCAACUCAAGUUGGAUUCAGAUUAGAGCACAGUGAAUUCAGCUUUAAUCCAAACCUUUAUUUUGACCUGUAGAUGUAUCAAAACCAUAGUCUAAUGUCCUCACUCUACUUUACAACCAUAUCAUUCAAGAUUUCAGUUUAGAUUCAUUAAAAUAUCUUGUCUCUGUUUAUGUUGAUAUUUUGUUUUCUUUACAAACAAAUUAUUUGUUUUGUCAGUUUUUGUGGUUCAAUUUUGAAUUUUGUUUAAUUACUGUUUACUUAUUUAUUUUUCUGACUAACAAAGAAGCUGUGAAUAAUUUAAAAGCUGAAUAUGUUGUCAGAUUGUGGUUUAUUAACUUCAAAAAAUGUGUGAACUCCUAAUUGGUGUAUUGUAGUUUAUCUUGUGUUUAAACAUCAUGGAGUGUUUAAGUUUGUGUGUUAAAAUGGAAAUGUGUUCAAGUGUAUUGGUGUGUUUAGAGGUUGUUCCUUAAAAAUAUUAGAUAGCCUUUUGACUUCUGUGAUAUUUCUCUAUGUGAGUGGUUUAAUGUACUAAUUUUGACCCAGGAAUGUUUUGCCUUGCAAAAAUUAAUAAAUCUUUUGCAUAAAUGUAUAUUUGUUUAUCUAUGGGUGUAUUUUGUAGAUAGACAUUGAAGCUUAGUUCUCCCAUCAACAUAUAUUUAUAAAUUAUAAUCUAGUCUUCCAAAAAAAAAUAUUUCAGGCUAGAUCUACCUAUGUCUAUCAGAUGAAACUAUUCCAUGAAAGUGUUCAUUUUGAUAUGCAUUUGUAUAUUUAAAUGUAUUCAUGUUUUAAAAUUUUAUAAAAAUGUAAAAAGAACACAAGAAAGUGUGCAAAUAUUUUUUUUUAGUUUUAGAUACUCAAAUCUCAUAAUCAAUGUGACCAUUUUUUAAUCCUUCAAUACUGUCUUUAACUGAAUUUAUCAUUAAACUAUGCUGUUAUUACAAUAUUUAGGGCCCUAUAUAGGCCCGUUAAGCAGAUUCACAGGUGCCUUCAAAUUUCCUAGACUUAUGCCAGAUACACAUUUAACCUGCAUGGACUCAGUGAUACCUAGAGAUCCACUCAGAACCACUUUUUUUAAAGCACUUAAUCUCUACCAGUUAACCACAUUUCCUAUGUUUAUUACAGCUUAGUUUUAAGUAAGAAAAAUAUUAGUCAAAUUUGUUUUAUUCAUUGUUUUCAAUUAUAC